GGGCGUUGCAUCUCUUGGCAGAUACAUUUCACAGCUAGUCAGCAAGAGACAGAGAAGGACAGAGGGAGGAAAUAGAAUAGCAUUUUUAAAAAGACAAAUUCCUGCACUGAGUCUACAAGACAGUCUGUCACAAGCAUGGCAGGCAGCAGCUUUGAGACUGAGUUCCUACAGACUCACAAUGCACUUCGCAAACAGCAUGGUGCCCCGCCCCUCACCAUAAACAAAAACCUAUGUCGCUCCUCACAGGCAUGGGCAGAACACCUGCUGUCAAUCAGGACCCUCAAGCAUAGCAACAAAGACUAUGGGGAAAAUCUGUAUUAUGCUUGGGCUUCAGCAACCAAAACACUCACAGGACAUGAGGCAGUGGAAAGCUGGUACAGUGAAAUUAAAGACUACAACUUCUGCAGGCCGGGAUUUAGCUCCAAAACAGGUCAUUUCACACAGGUUGUGUGGAAGGACACAAAGGAGAUAGGGGUGGGAUUGGCCACUGAUGGAACCACAACUUUUGUGGUUGGUCAGUACCUUCCUGCAGGAAACAUCACCAAUGAUGGCUAUUUUCAGCGGAAUGUCUUACCGGCAGGAUCCCCUGUAGACUCAAAGUCCACUGGUACUGCUGACAGAAGUGGACAAGCACAUGGACCAUCUGACAUCUAUUCAACCAGACCACCAUCAGUUCCUCGCAGUACUGAAUCAUUACCUCCCUGGGCCAAGAGGGAGCCUCAUCUGAUUAGCAGCAGCUCAAAGGACAGCAGCUUUGAGACUGAAUUCCUACAAACUCACAAUGCAUACCGCAAAAAUCAUGGAGCCUCACCCCUCAACUUAAACAAAAACCUGAGUCGCUCUGCACAGGAGUGGGCAGAACACCUUCUGUCAAUCAGGACCCUCAAGCAUAGCGAUGGAGAAUAUGGAGAGAAUGUGUACUAUGCCUGGAGUUCAGCUACCAAAAAACUUACAGGACGAGAGGCAGUGGAAAGCUGGUACAGUGAAAUUAAAGACUACAACUUCAGCAGGCCUGGAUUUAGCUCCAAAACAGGUCACUUCACGCAGGUGGUGUGGAAGGACACAGAGGAGCUGGGAGUUGGAUUAGCCACAGAUGGGAAAACAACCUUUGUGGUGGGUCAGUACCUCCCUGCAGGAAACAUUAGCAAUGCUGGCUAUUUUGAAAGAAAUGUCCUACUAGCAGGCUCGCCUCUAGAGUUAAAAUCCACCCCAUCUGCUGACAGAGUUGGUCAAGCACUUUGUGCUCUCAGCAUCAGGCCAAAUCCAUCGCCCUCACCAUCUCACAUUUCUGGGCCAUCAAAUAAGAGUCAGACUCCACAGAGCAGCAGUUCAAAAGGUGAGGACUUGUCCCAGUUUCGUCAGUCUCUCCUUGAGGCUCAAAAUCACUACAGACGUCAACAUGGGGCACGGCUUCUCUCGCUAUGUCCCAUCCUCUGUAAAGAGUCUCAGGAUUGGGCUGCACAUCUGAUUAGCAUUAAUGCCUUGAAGAACAGCGGCAAAGGUCAUGGCGAGAAUAUGUCAUACAAAUGGACGUCCAAUAUGGUAUCUCCAACAGGAAAAGAGAUUGCUGAAUCGUGGUACAAUGAAAGUGCAAAGUACAACUUUUCCAAACCUGGCUUUCAAAGUGGAACUGGUAACUUUACCCAAAUGAUCUGGAAGUCUACAGAGCAAUUUGGGGUUGGCCUUGCAUCAGAUGGAAAGGGCAAAUUCAUUACUGUGGCCUUUUACAAACCCCCUGGUAACAUCACCAACCCUGGCUACUUCCAGGAUAAUGUCAAACCUGCUAGAAGGUGAUCUGUUCAAAAAAUGUGUUUAAGCAGAUCUUAAACUAUACAAAUGUACAAAUAGAAAACAUCAGUUUGCAUUUGUCAAGUUAACUACUUGAAAAUAUGUUUGUUUGUUCUGAUGUAUGUUCUCCUUCUUGGCAUUAAUUUGUUCUCUGUCCUUUAUUGUUGCCUCUGCAUAUAGAAUUGUAUAAAGACAUGAGUUAUAAUCAGGGUUGGGGAGAAACUAAAUACAUGUAACAGGAUUACGCAUUUAAAAUACAAAUAUAAGUAACUGUAUUCCACUACAGUUACAAUUGAAUUCACUGGUAUUUAGA